AUGCAAGCCCGCAGAGACUCCGGCCUCAAGAGACUCAGAGAAGUGAAAUUCAAAGUAGAUGAGACUCAGAUUGAACUCCAGCUUUUCAAAUUUAAAGAUAUCAGAGGUACUGGCCUGUACACAUAUGUAACCUCCAGCGGCUCAAUGAAUACCCUUCAAGACAUUCAGGCGACAAUUAAUUCUCGGUUCAAGGGUAAAGAAUCCGCCAUCCCAGAAUAUCACAUUCAGAAAGUUGUUACAGUCAAGGUUUCAACAGGGACAUUUGUUGUAUCAUUCACCACACUGGCAAUGAUGAGUGUCAAAUCAAUUGAAGUCAGUGCUGCUAAGCAGUUCUGA